AUGCCCGCGCCCGGCCUGUACCUCGCCCGCGCCUGGCCCCCAGUGGGGGGAGGGUAUGGGGGUGGCGGGUGUGGCCAACCUGCUGUCGCCCGAGCGGCUCCUGCACCGCCCCUUCUCCUACCUCCCCCCUGCUGCGGGUGCAGCAGUGGGGGGGGAGGGGAUCUGCAGCACCAGCCCCCCUCCCCCCCCCCCCCUUUUCUCCUAUCUCCCCCUGCUGCGGAUGCGGCAGUGGGGGGAGGGGACCUGCAGCACCAGCCCCCCCCCCCCCGCCCCCCCCCCCCCCUUUCUCCUCCACCCCUGCUGCGGGUGCAGCAGUGGGGGGGAGGGGAUCUGCAGCAGCAGCGGGGGGAGGGGAUUUGCAGCAUCAGCCCCCCCCCCCCCCCUGCCCUUUUCUCCUCUCUCUAUCCCUGCCUCACCCUGUGUUGGGAGGGGGGGGGAGCUUGGAGGUUCAGGGUGAGGCAGGAGGGGAUCUGCAGCACCAGCCCCCCCCCCCCCCCCCCCCUUCUCCUCCAUCCCCCUGCUGUGGGUGCAGCAGUGGGGGGGAGGGGAUCUGCAGCAGCGGUGGGGGGAGGGGAGUUGCAGCAGCAGUGGGGGGGAGGGGAGUUGCAGCAUCAGCCCCCCCCCCCCCAGCCCCCUCCCCCCCCACUUCUCCUCCAUCCCCCUGCUGCGGGUGCAGCGGUGGGGGGGAGGGGAUCUGCAGCCCUGUGCGCCCUGCUGCCCUGCAGCCCUGUGCGCCCUGCUGCCCUGUUUGCCCCGCGCGCCCUGCUGCCCUGCAGCCCUGUGCGCCCUGCUGCCCUGCUGCCCUGUGCGCCCCGCGCGCCCUGCAGCCCUGUGCGCCCCGCGCGCCCUGCAGCCCUGCGCGCCCCGCGCGCCCUGCUGCCCUGCAGCCCUGUGCACCCUGCAGCCCUGCUGCGCCCCGUGCGCCCUGCAGACCUGCGCGCCCUGCGCGCCCUGCUGUCCUGCUGCCCUGCGCGCCCUGCGCGCACUACAACCCUGCGCGCCCCGCGCGCCCUGCUGCCCAGCAGCCCUGUGCGCCCUGCUGCUCUGCAGCCCUGUGCGCCCUGCUGCCCUGUUUGCCCCGUGCGCCCUGCUGCCCUGCAGCCCUGUGCACCCUGCUUCCCUGCUGCCCUGUGCGCCCCACGCGCCCUGCAGCCCUGUGCGCCCCGCGCGCCCUGCUGCCCUGCUGCCCACUAG